AUGGCCGCGGUCGAGCUUGAAAAGUCCUCCAAGCCUGCGGACGACGACCCAACCAAGGCAAAAGAUAGAACCGACAGCCAGGCCGAAUUCGCCAAGCUCGUUGGCUCCCGCUCCGGUGGCGUAUACAUGCCUCCUGCUCGUCUGCGUGCCCUGCAGGCCGCAGCAGCGAGCGACAAGUCUAGCCCCGAGUACCAGCGCCUCUCCUGGGACGCCCUCCGAAAGUCCAUCACCGGUAUCGUGAACAGGGUUAACAUCACCAACAUCAAGCUGGUCGUACCGGAGCUCUUCUCGGAGAACCUCGUUCGCGGUCGUGGACUGUUUGCGCGCAGCAUCAUGAAGGCUCAAGCCUCCAGUUUACCGUUCACCCCCGUCUUCGCCGCCCUCGUUGCUAUCCUCAAUACGAAGCUGCCUCAAGUCGGAGAGCUUGUUCUUACCAGACUCAUUAGUCAAUUCCGGAGGGCUUUCAAGCGUAAUGACAAGAUUGUAUGCCACUCGACAACCACUUUCAUCGCGCACCUCGUCAACCAGAUGGUCGCGCACGAAAUCAUUGCUCUCCAAAUCAUCGUUCUCCUCCUCGAACGCCCCACCGACGACUCUAUUGAAAUUGCCGUUGGUUUCAUGCGCGAAGUCGGCGCGUUCCUUGCUGAGCAUUCUGCUGCAGGGAACACGUUUGCCUUCGAGCGCUUCCGCGCCAUCUUGAACGAGGGCUCAAUUUCGCACCGUGUUCAGUACAUGAUCGAAGUGCUCAUGCAAGUGCGCAAGGAUCGCUACAAGGACAACCCCAUAGUUCCGGAAGGCCUUGAUCUUGUCGAGGAGGAGGAGCAGAUUACGCAUCAGAUUCAUUUGGAGGAGGAGCUGCAGGUGCAGGAGGGUUUAAAUAUCUUCAAGUUCGACCCGAACUACGUCGAAAACGAAGAGAAGUACAAAUCGAUCAAAGCCGAGAUUCUCGGUGAAGAUUCGGACGAAGACGAGGAGUCCGGCGUUUCUGAAGAGGAAUCCGACGAGGAUGAAGCACCUGCCGAGGAGAAGGAGGGUAUUGAGGACCUUACGGGGACGGACCUCGUCAAUCUGCGACGAACCAUUUAUCUGACAAUCAUGAAUGCGCUCAACUACGAAGAAGCUGUUCAUAAAUUGCUCAAAAUCCAAAUUCGUGAAGGCGAGGAGAUUGAGCUCAUCAACAUGAUCAUCGAGUGUUGUUCUCAAGAACGAUCAUAUUCAAACUUCUACGGCCUCGUCGGCGAACGGUUCAGCAAGCUCAAUCGCGUCUGGACUGACUGCCUGGAAGAGGCGUUCACCAAAUAUUACGAAACCAUUCAUCGAUACGAGACGAACCGUUUGCGCAAUAUCGCUCGCUUCUUUGGUCAUAUUUUCGCCACCGACUCCGUUUCUUGGGUCGCUCUUCGGUGCAUUCAGAUGAAUGAGGACGACACGACGAGUUCGAGUCGUAUUUUCAUCAAGAUCAUGACGCAGGAAAUGAUGGAGUCGCUGGGCUUGGCCACGCUCGCGGAGAGGUUUAAGGAUGAUGAAGUGCGCAUCGCCUGUGCUGGGAUGUUCCCCAAGGAUAACCCGAAGAACACACGUUUCUCGAUCAACUACUUCACGAGUGUUGGGUUGGGUGUUCUCACGGAGGAUAUGCGCGAGUACCUGAAGGUAUGCGGUUUAUCUCAUUAUUGCUCCUUUGGUUUGUAA